AUGGCACGGGUGUUGGUUGCUCUCGCCGGCGUGUUCCUGGCUGUGGCGGUGUACUGCGGACUUGAUCCCUUCAAGAGGGGCGCAAUGGUGGGGUUCCCGGGGUUCGAGGUGUACCCGGUAGACCAGCCCCCGUGGUCGGAGCUUCCCACGGCGCAGGACGCGGAGAACCUGCUCCAGAAGGCGGAGCUGCGAUUCCUGGGCCAGGUGCAGGGCCCCGAGAGCGUGGUCUUCGAUCCGAAGGGGAGGGGGCCCUACGCGGGCGUCGCCGACGGGAGGGUUCUCUUCUGGGAUGGCAACUCCUGGACUGACUUCGCCUACACUUCCCCCAACAGGUGAUUUCCCAUCUCUUCGAAAGAUUCCUCUCCGAGCUACAGCGGAGCAAAUACUCAGUUUGGAUUCCGCUAUAUCUAUUUGUUUAUUUCUUUAUUUAUUAAUCCCUGUUUCCUCCCCCCGGGCGUCAAGGAGUUGUCUGUUUUUUUUUGUACUAAAAUAUCUGACGUUUUCCAGUCGAAGCUCCCGGGAAAAUUUUGUCGUCUCUACAUUUAGAUCUGGUCAAACGUCUCGGUCGGUAUGAGCUGAGGUGCCAUGUCGGAGUAAUCAAUCCCACUGUUCUAAGAGACGUUUAAAUGGGAUGGAUUUAAAUAUGUGAGUUAAUAAAAAUCUCCACAGUGGGUGAGCUGUAUUUAAAUGAAUAGGUCCGUUGCGAUUACAACCAACUGCUCUCUAGCUGGACGAUCAAAUUAUUCAACAUGAAACUGUAGCAGAUAGUUAUGUUACGAAGGUAGAUAUUUUGGGCUUUCUAUGUAUGCCAAAAAGCCCAAAAUUUGCUCUGCUCGGUUGAGGGUACCGUCUGAACGUACACCUGAAGGUGUGGGGUAUCUUGGAUUAGUGUCCUGCUGAUUUGACUUAAAUGUCCAAAUUCCUGAACUUUAUCAUCUUCUUGAGCGUCAUACUCUGUGAUGAGCUUAUCAUGAGAGAGGGUGGGUUAUUUACCCGUUAACUGGUCAUACGCGGAGAAGGGUAAACUUCACUCGUUCUCAAUUGCUUCCGAAUUUGACUGCCCAGUUAGUUCCUCAGUAGCUUGGGAAAGUCUUGGAAGACGUCUUCUUCAAGAUAGAGGUCGUAUGGACCCAUUAGUUUAAUGGAUCUUUUUGGGUUUAGCCCGAGAUUUUUUUAUAUGUAUUACCAUUGCUUGAGGUUCUCUCAUAAUCUCAUAAUUUCUGCGUGGACUACUGUCAUUGUAGAAAAAUUGAUUUUAUGAAGGAUCAUGGACUCGAACUGGAGAAGCUCUUUGGGUCUCUACUGUAUUCGGGAGUGGCACACUUAUUACAGUGAGAGUGCAAUGCCGCCUUCAUCUAAAAGAAGACCCUCAUAACGUUGUGCCGUUGUUUAUGGCCAUGGCCAUAGCUGGACAAGAAUGAGAUCUAUGCACGUAUAACUGCUAGCUCGUUUCUCCUGCUGGAACCGAAUGAGCAGCCUCCUUAUAUCUCUGGUCUGUGUGAUUCUUCGGUGAUGAUGAGCAAUAAAUUUUUUAUAUUACUUAUAGUUGAUGAAAUUAGAGCUUGCAUGCUGGACACAACCCUUAUCCUGUAUAAUCCAUGGUAGCCAUGAGAAGUCCUCGAAUUUUCCAUUGAAUGCAUGCCACCCCAUCAAUUAGCCCAUGAAGCUAAUCACCAACUUCCCUCAGCUAACUUGAUCAUUCCCCUACAGACCCUUGUGAGGUCAGGUGGGAAGGAAAGCUGUGUGCCCGUCCUUAGAGCCAUUAUGGACUUGCUUUUACCUUGGUGCAUCAUAAUUUGUCUCUGUUUAGCCUUUCAAUGGGUUUCAUGCUUAGUCGCUCUUAUUAUUCCAAAACAUUGAAAAAACUAAUUCUUCUGCACAAAAAAUUAGGACGUUCUUAAUAUUUGGCGGAAGGUCUUGGAAAGCCCUUGCUUUGACGUUCUUAUAUUAAUUAUUUUUAUUUUGGUUUCUUUUGAAUUAUUUUGUAGGUCAGAGCUAUGUGAUCCCAAACCUUCACCAAUGCUUUACUUAAAGAACGAGCACAUCUGUGGACGACCCUUGGGUCUCCGCUUUGACAAGAAAUCUGGAGAUAUGUACAUUGCUGAUGCUUAUUUUGGGCUGUUGAAAGUUGGGCCCGAAGGAGGGCUGGCUACGACCCUCACCACUGAAGCUGAAGGUGAACCACUGGGGUUUACAAAUGACUUGGACAUUGAUGACGAAGGGAAUGUGUACUUCACUGACAGCAGCACGACUUAUCAAAGGAGGUGUGCUCAUCUCACUUUCUCAAUUAUGCUUCAACGAUGCAUUCUCUCACAGUUGCGCUGCAUUGGAAGAAAAUAUUAGUGCCAUGCACUGUAAUCUUGGUGCCUUUUGCAUCCAUUUCUAUUUCCACAUUGUGUUGCGCUAGAUGGAACCCUAUGUAGAUGCUAUAUCUGGUGUUUUUAUCAUUCAAUUCUGGAUUUGGGAAUUUUCUUCCACGUGGUAUAGUUUUUUAUCUUGCUUUCUUGUGGAAUGGAUUGAUUGCCCCGUUAAAAAUGAAGAAUUUAAGUUUUCAUAAGAAAUGUAGGAAAUUACUGCUGUCAGUCUGUGACCUUUAUUGGUCACUAAAACUAUUGGCAUUGGCGUCUGACUAGGGAGGAAGGUGUGAACUGUGAUUUAUUUUCCUCUCUGCACAAACUUUGGCCCAUCGGAUGAUACUUUCUCGCACUAUAGUGUGAACUUUAUGAAACAUUGGUGGAGCUGUAAACAAGCCCCGGUCAUCUGCUGAUACAUAACUAUUCCCCCCUUAACGUCUGUUUCCUGUGCUUUCAGGAAUUUCAUGCAGCUCGUCUUCACUGCCGAGCCCUCAGGCCGAUUGUUGAAGUACAACCCCGUGACCAAGGAAACCUCUGUUCUCGUUCGGAACCUUCAGUUCUCCAAUGGCGUUUCCAUAAGCAAGGACAGGACCUUCCUGGUUUUCUGUGAGGGCUCCCGUGGCAGGUUGCUCUCAUGCCUGUGAACCCCCCCUGGCCUCGCUCUCAACACCAGGCUAUGCUAAUCAAGAUUAUUCUGCUGCUGCUAGAAAUGUACUUACCUAAGUUGGUCGCAAAUUAUUGGGCAGGUUGACCAAGUAUUGGCUGAAGGGGGAGAAGGCAGGGACCACAGAGACAUUUGCCAUCCUCCCCGGCUUCCCUGACAAUGUGAGGACCAAUGAGGCAGGCGAGUUCUGGGUGGCAAUACACUGCCGGCGCAACCUAUACUCUCACCUCUCCUCCCUCUUCCCUCGGCUGAGGAAGCUCCUGCUGAAUCUCCCCAUCACUCCCCGGCAACAUUUCCUGCUGCACAUUGGAGGCCGGCUACAGGGUGUGAUCGCAAAGUAUGGACCUGAUGGGCAGCUGCUGAAGAUCCUGGAGGACAGGGAGGGGAAGGUUGUCAGGGCAUGUAGUGAGGUGGAGGAGAAGGAUGGGAAACUGUGGAUUGGCUCUGUCUUGAUGCCAUAUAUCGCAGUCUAUGAUCUCAACUGA